AUGUGUCAGGGACUUCUGUUAGUCACCACGUCGUUGUCCACAGGGCGUAUCGUCGAAUGAGCCAAUCGACGAACGCUGAUACACAGGAAAACUUAGAAGACGACAUGAUUCUGACAUCGAAACGAAGCAUCCCGCUGCCUUCAUUCAAAGGGAAUCCUGAUAAGUUGUUGUACUGUCAGCAAGCACGAUCUGAUGGACCAUGUGUUUAUGCUAUAGCCGUGGAUCGUGAAGUUACGGUAUCUUCAGGAACAGGCAGAUUGCUGCUUAGGCACGACGUUUCCUUCGAUAUUAAACAACUUCUAUAUGUUGUUUUUCCACCGUCGAAGGGCGAAGAUGAGACAAAUCGUACGCAAGAAUUCUUUUGCCUUGUCGGCAACCGAGACAUGCUAUUCGUUGCCCUUGACGAUUCACAUCCUCUCGGCUUUCGGGUUCAGUUUGAUAUUCGUGCCGUGUACACGACAAAAUACGGGUUGCUUGUUGAGCGCGAUCUAUCUACACAUAAGACAUCUCCAGCAGAAGAAGUUGUGGUACUGUAUUCUUUGUCACAUCCACUGAACGAACUGCUUGCAGUCAUAUUCAAACCAAGAGAUUCACUAACGCAGUGGCUGUUUUGUUGGGAAAAGUCACAGUACACGAUUGUAGGAGCUGAAGACAAUUUUCUAUUGGUGUUUGAUAGAGAUAGUGAGGUGCAUAUCCUCUUGCGCAUUCGGGUUACAUCUGAGCAUGAAGUACGUUCGGCUAUUGAGCUUCUUGAGAAACGUCGUACAGAGGCUGCGUCAAGACAAGCAACACCAAAUCCUGAAACAGUGAAAUCGACGCCACUCAACGCUCAUCGCUUGCAAAGUUCUGGUGCUUCUAUACCAACGUCGCGGAUCCAUGCCCGACCACCAGCGGCGCCGGGCGGGUCACUGAUUCGUUCUGUUCAUACGCGGUCAAUGACUGCGCGACUAGCAAAUAAGCGCUCUUUCCUCCGGCCGCCUCAUGCGCCACCGGCUGACAGUCCUGCAUUGUCGAUUUUCUCGCCUAUGUCACUGGGAGGUCGUUCUGAAGCUGCGAGUACGGCUAUAUCGCAACCGGUAGCACCAGUUCAUCAACGGAUUACUCCAAGAUUCCAAGUAUUCUGUCGCGAGUUACAACGACAACCCGAUUUCGAUCUUCUCCUUGCUGAGCUGUGCCUUGACCAUGUCUGGACUGAGCCUACUAAGAGAGACUCAAGCGGUGAAAUUGCAAACAAGAUGUUUUUGUCACGAAAUGUGUUGUCACAAGAUUUUGCGAAUUUCUUCAUCAGCUCACUGGGACAGCUUCGUUCUAUUCGUGUUGUUCAUACUGUUAGCAAUAUAACAACUUCUGGGACGAUGGUCACAUUAUCAUGCCGCGAUGCUACGGCUUUGAGGGGUGGAGAUAUGAUGGCUAUACUUGGGCAUGACAAUUCGAUUAGCUUCUACUCCGGUCACGCCAAAUGUGCUGUGGCGGUCAUUCCCAGGUUUUCUGUGAUCCAGUCGAUGGUGUUACAUGCGGCAGACAGCUCGUCUUUUGUUAUCCAAAACAGUAGCCAGCUUACAAAAAUUGAGAUUCCGGCAAUGUUCGUGAACCCGCUGGCAAACGACCUCUUUGUUGCCCUGGUGGAGGCUUUACCACGCGAAAAGGCAAUGCAUUUGAUGUUACAUUGGAAAACACAUAGCAGAAGUUAUGAUAAUGAAUUGGAACUAUGUGUGGCUGAACCACAACUGCAUGUAGCGUUACGUUUCGUUCUGGAACAGACUGGAAUCUCAAUUGGUUUUCACCCCAAAUUACCAUGGAGAAAGCCCACCCAUAAAAAUGAAUCAUGUGAAGUUGAUGCGAAACAGAGAAGACCGAAAGCAUCUGCUGAAGAGAACUGGAAUCGCUUGCUAAAAUUCCGAGAAAGCACUAUGAUAAAGACUGCGCAAGAAGAAGCUGAGGCUGCCAAGGCACCUAUUGAAGUGGAUGUCACAAUCGACUCUAAUGCACCGCUGCAUGGAAAUAUCUACGCAGUGGUGGGAGCCAUUCACGCGAUGUUCGAGGAAUGGUCACUAAAUUAUGGAUUGUUUCAUUUGAAGUCGAAAAUCGUCUACUAUCUCCAUGCACUUUCCAGGUGUACUUGGAUUGACAGCAUAUUCUUCGCGCUAUGCUGAAGAGUUCAGAGACUGUGCAAAUUGUAUCUAUCAUGUACACCGUAAUGAUGGCUUAGCAACGGAUGAGUUUCCAUCACCUUAUGCUCACCCCACUCGAAAUUUCUCUGUCGAUAAUCCAUUUUCGCUAUGGCGAGCCGUGGCUGGAAUUCUACAACCUCCUAUGACACAAUCGUUAGCUGGAAGCAGUAGCAAAGUGGCGAGAAUGUUGACUGUCCUUGGUGUGGGACAAGGAGUUGGUCGAUUGAAUCUCAUGGCAGAUGUUCAUCGGCUAUUGGGUAGGAACUGGGAAAGACGUCUACGCCUAGAUCCAUCGCAGGUUGAACGAAUUGCUCAGAUCAUGUUCAGCACAACGACAUCUGCUGCGCAAAAAAGUGCCAGCCUUGUGUCGGAAUUUGGCUUCACUCGCUGGACUAUUGAACAGCUUCCACCUUCAAUAGGACUUUUUCUUGGUAGCAUCAUUGUUGGACAUCAUACAUCUACCGAGCUGUUCCAGUUCAAAAGGCCACAAACAACCACAACCUUCCCACAACCUGACGAAAUGGCUCAAAUUGCGCGUAUCCGGUGGCCAAGAGAUGUUCGUCGUGACAAUGUUCGUGCUAUGUUAGACAGUACAAAACCGGUGUUGAUAGCCACACAACAUCUAGAUGCGGGUACAGACGGAGAAAUCAGGGAAGCUCAGGAACAGUUCUUGUCUGCCACUUGGACGCGUUAUCUUUCUCAAGCAUUUGGACGCGCUUUCUUCGAAUUGAGGACAGUUUUACCAAAUCCAACGGAACCACUUCAUGUGCCGGACCUAUGUUUAUCGGCUAGAAUCUAUCCUUCCAAUCUCACAUACGAUCUCACAGUUACCGAGAAUCUAAAACAGCUGAAGGAAUGGGGUGAGUUUUACAAUGGGGUCGCGGCUGGACUCAGAGUUGUUGGCGCUGAUGUUACCAAAGUGGAUCAUGAAUGGUUAACGUUGUGCCAUGGAAACGAUAAGAUUACACCUCCAACGGCAGCUGGUCUACUGUAUGCCUUUGGUCUAAAUGGUCAUUUGCCAAACUUCAACACAUUCCACGUUCAUGAAGUUCUGGCUUCACUUGACAAAUUUCCUUCCAUCGCUCUUCUACUUGGCAUGGCAAUGUCAAAGAUAGGAACAGCUGACCGUCAGGUCCACAAAAUGCUGACCACUCAUCUUCCAUUCCUUAUGGGUCCGACGAUGCUGAAUCUAAAGAUUGAUCCGCUGAUUCAAACAAGUGCCGUCACUGGUCUUGGCAUUCUCUUCGCUCAAACGGGUCACACGAAUGUUGUGAACAAGCUACUCAAUGAGAUAGGCAAAUCUCUUCGAGCUGAUGAAGAACCUUCGCCUGAGUUGUCCGCCUAUAAGCUGAGCGCAGGCUUUGCCAUCGGACUUAUAUGUCUUGGAUUAGGUGAUGAGAUAGAAGCUGCCAGACCUCCUUUCAAGCAACCACUUCCAUCGAUUCCUGAUCGACUUCUUGCUCUUAUGCUCGGAGGACCCAGGAACCAAUGUGUUUUCAUUCAUCCCCAGAUGAUGACAUGUCCAGAAGCUCAAGCGGCAUCUACAACACCACCGCAGGAGGCUCGAUCGAAUCAUGUUCGGGAGGGACCAAAUGUCAAUAUCCACAUGACGGCUCAUCCGGCCACAAUCGCUUUGGGUUUGAUGUACAUGAGGACUGGAAAUGCAGCAAUCGCUAGAGAAUUGGAAUUACCAGCAACAAUCUCAUUGCUAGAAGAAAUUAGGCCUGACUUGAUUUUUGUUAGGGUUCUAGCGCGCAGUCUUGUACUUUGGGAUGAAAUUCAACCGACAGCUGAAUGGAUAGACAAACAGAUUCCCAGCGUAAUUCAUGACUAUGCUAAAAGUGUGCUCAAGUUCCCAUCAACUGCUGAGGCUGAGAUAUCGGAAAAGGAACAGGCGUACUGGGACGAAGUGGUUGAUAAGGAGACUGUGGCGGAGGUAUACUUGUAUGCGAUGAGCGGAGCGUGCUUUGCAAUGUCUUUGAAAUAUAGUGGAAUAGUUGAUGAUACCUAUAAAAAGGUAUCGUCCAUAUUGGAGGAACGAAUGCAGUACCUGAUGCAUGACUUCAAUAUUGAGAGCAUUGACUGGCCAGCCAGACAUCUGAUUAGAGCUGCAAGUCGAAGUGUAGUGAAUCUCUGCGCGGAUAUGAUGCUGACUAGCAUGGGAAUCUUGGAUGUUGGACGUGGGAAGGUAGAAACCAUCAGAUUUGCUCGAUAUCGCCGCUGUCAUGAUUAUGAGCUCUCCUACUGGUCUCAUUAUCUAUGGAAGUACCAUGAAGAGAUGUCCCUACAUAGAGCAAUGGCCAUGCUGUUUCUGGGGGAUGGAAGGUAUGGCUUCAAACGCGACAACCUUUCUAUAGCUCUUCUUGUGAUGUCGAUGUACCCGAUUGUCGCCCAUAAUGUCGCAGACAACAGGCUAUACCACCAACCGUUGCGCUUCCUAUGGACACAUGCCGUCGAACCUCGUUUGAUUGUACCCAUGUGUAGACGGAGAAAUAAACCAAUCCAAUGCGAUAUCGAAAUACAUUUCAAGAAUACGUCUCCUUCAAUACCAUACUACUAUGGCUUAGCUCCGAUGGUCCUACCUCCGCUGGACGACGUCGCCUCAAUUAGUCUUCGAGGCCCUGGCGUAGAGGUUAUGCAGUUCGAUCUUACCAAUGAAGCCAGAAAGCAAGAACUAAUCGAAAUAUUAACUGCGGGUCAUGGACGAGUGCCCAUCUCGGUUACUGAGAGCUGCCUUGAUGAGCAUGAACUAGCACAACAGGAGGAUUGGACACUGAGGCAAAUUUUUGAUCACCGAGUUGAACGCCCGAGCUGUAAAGUGACAAAGUUGGCAAAAGAGCUGGAAAGAAUGAGAAUGCCGAGUAGUCCUGGCGGUGCUGGUGAUCUGCGGUGGCGAUCCAUUGACAAUGCUCCAGCAGUUCGACAGUAUUUGAAAACGUUGCAUACUGAGAUUAGCAGAUCUCCGCCUUGUCUUUCAUCGUUCAUCGCGUGUGACGUAAAGUUGGCUUCCUGCGUAGCGGAAAGUGAUGGCAAUAUGUCACUAGCAAAUCGACUGGACAUUGAAGCCCAAAGGCUUGAGAGAGAAGUGAUGUAAUGGUCCACAAAAUCUGUCCACUAUCUGGGUAUCAUAAAAACAGGUCCAAAAACUUCAUAAUGUAACGUUUUUGUGCCUUUGUCGUGACGGCGUCUGUUUGACCGUGACUUCUUCCAUGCUCAUUACUUCAUUUUCAAUUUUUCACGUUCCCAGCAUUCUGACUCGCAUCACUUUUGACCGUUCUGCUUGAAAGUUACCAAGUUCUUAUCUUGGAUGUUUUAC